AUGAAGAGAACCGAUAACCAGCCGAGGCCAACGGCAGGCUGUCUGUCUGUACCACUGUUUAACCAAAAGAAAAGGAGCAGAUUGCCUUUGACUUCCAGUCCCUCUGAGAAUAAAAUGUUCUCUGGUAGUAGCAUAGGGUAUGUUCAGGCAUCAACAAAUCGAACACCUUUAGCCCAGAGAUGUGAAUGGAACCAGCAAGCCAACCCACAACCUCAGCAAACCAAGGCUUGGCCCACUACUUCUUCUGGCACAACAGGAUGGGGAUACACACCUAUACCUUACCCAUAUAAACCCCCCUAUGCUAGGUUACAGACAGGACCGCAGAGACCUCAAGGUAAACAGGAUUCCAUGGCAACGAAUCAAGGCUUCAGGCAGGAUGGAUUCCAGAGUGUCAGUGGAACCAGUCAGGCCCAUCCUAGACCAUUCAUUGGCGAGCAACCCAUGAAGCAACAGUCUUUCACCAGUCAGACCAGUUUAGCCAGAGUGUCUUCUACCCCUCAGCAAGUUUUGUCUUCUCCAACAUGCAGCCAGGGAGCUGGGGAUCAUCAGAACGCCCAGUGGAAGUUCAAAACUGUUGGCCAUACGACUGGUGGAAUGUGGGUUGAGGAUACUUUUGACACUUCAAGAACUGAGAGCAGUUUACAGCAGCAGAAGUCUGCAAGGCUGGAAACAAAGCCAGCAACUGAGAAAUCCCUGCGAAUCCUCACAGCUGUUAUUGAGGGCAUGAAACAUUGGAGCCAGUUCAACGACAAAGUGCCUAUGUUGUUUGAGAUUUUUGCCACUCUCGACUCUGCAGUCACAGUUGGAAAAUAUGGUGCUAAGAACUUCCUUAUGCGGAAUGGAAAAGAUGUGGUGCCAUGUGUAUACUAUGAAAAUGACCAGGUGCUUCCUAGGCUGAUUCGUGGGCAGGUGCAUCGCUGCGUAGGAAACUAUGACAGACACAAGAACGUUCUCACAUGUGUGUCAGUGCGGCCCACCUCUUCCUUAGAGCAGAGAAACGCCCAGGAGGCUGUGAGGAUGUCAGACACUGAGAUGAGAAAUGUGGUCCAGGCACUUACUGAAAUGUAA